UUCCUGCUCCUGCUCCUGCUCCUGCUCUCAUCCAUCCUCCCUCCUCGAUCCCCUCCACGCCGGCCCUGCCGGACCGCGCCGCCGCCGCCGGCCGUUCUCCCCCGCGCCGUGCCUGUGGUUCUGGAGCGGGCGGAUUCGUUCGGUGCGUUCUUGGCCCGCCGCCGCCUGUCCGUGUGCCGGAGCCUCGUGCUGCGCGCGGCGUGUUGCCUCCUCCUCCUCCUCCAGUCCAGUUUGCUUCCGAGCCCUUUUGAGAUUCCCCGGAGAUCUGCUUAAUCCGUGCGGGCUCUCUGGUUCCGAUGUGCAGACGCUGCUGCCCGUGAGCGCUGGCAGGAGCCUGAGGUACGUCCGAGGUGGAAGAAGAGGAGUUCGUGGCUGGACGAAAGAACAAUCCUUUCUUUGUCCACUCGGCGGCCGCCGCUGCUAGCUUCUCCAUUCCAGGUCGGUCGGCUUCCAGUCCAGCCAGCCAUGGAGGAGGUGGAGGUGGCCAACAGGGCCGCGGUGGAGAGCUGCCACCGGGUGCUGGCCUUGCUCUCGCAGCAGCAGGACCCGGCCCUGCUCAAGAGCAUAGCUUCAGAGACGGCCGAAGCCUGCGCCAAGUUCAGGAAAGUAGCCGCCCUCCUCGGCAGUGGCAGUGGCGGUGGCGGCGGCUGCGGCCAUGCUAGAGGCAGGUUCUCCAGACGAGUCCGGCCUAUGGGUCUCGUGAACCAGAAGAGUCCCUUGGGGAGCGGCAGUGGUGGCGGCGGCAGCCCGCUGGAGAUGAUGCCCAGCACCGCUGCUGCUGCUGCUGCGGUGGCGGCUCCGUCUCCAUCGACUAGCUACGCACAAAUGCGAGCUCGGCUUAACGGUGUGCCAGACUCACGAGGGCUGGAUUUGGCCUGCUCCAGCAGCAAGAGUGGCGGCCCUCAUCCGUUCGGAGCCCCCAAGCUGGUCCAGCCGCUUUCUGUGCAGUUCCAGAUUGGGAAUGUUGCGCAUAGGUACCCGUUCCACCAGCAGCCCCCGUCGCGGCAGAAGCUGCAGGCCGAGAUGUUCAAGAGGAGCAACAGUGGGAUCAGCCUCAAGUUCGAGAGCCCCAGCCCCAGUGGCGGCGCUGCUGGCACGAUGUCGUCUGCGAGAUCAUUCAUGUCGUCCUUGAGCAUGGAUGGGAGCAUGGCUAGCUUGGAUGGGAAGCGGCCAUUCCAUUUGGUUGGCACCCCGGUGGCGAGCGACCCAGCUGAUGCCCACCGCGCACCCAAACGGCGGUGCACGGGUAGAGGGGAGGAUGGAAGAGGCAAGUGUGCCACUACCGGCAGGUGCCAUUGCUCAAAGAGAAGGAAACUGCGGAUUAAGAGAUCAAUUAAAGUGCCAGCCAUUAGCAACAAAAUCGCUGAUAUACCUCCUGAUGAGUACUCGUGGCGCAAGUACGGGCAAAAGCCAAUUAAGGGUUCCCCCCACCCGAGGGGUUACUACAAAUGCAGCAGCGUCAGGGGCUGCCCGGCAAGGAAGCAUGUUGAGCGAUGCGUAGAUGACCCAGCGAUGCUAAUCGUGACAUACGAAGGCGAGCACAACCAUAACCAGUUGCCAGCACAGGCUGCCCAGACCUAGAGGAUCAGUAAACUGUCGCUCCAUUCAGGAAGCGCCUGGGCCAUGCCUUUGCUGAAGGAUGACCUAGCUGGUCAUGUUAGGAUCCGAGGCCUUUGAAUUUCGAAUGCAGCAGCGAUGAACAUGGAUCCAUUUGAGAAUUUGAUGAGCUGCUUGGCCCCUCUUCUUGAGCUACACGCUGUUACAGAUGCUAUUGUGGGGACUGCUGCCAAGUUGUUCAUCUUUCUUGUGAGCUGUGGCAUGUAGUAUGAUUGAAAGAUGGUGCAGGAAGGAAAAUGCGGCGUCUGAUAGCGACCGGUGAGCUUUGUCGCUGAGAGUCUGAAGGGUUGAAAGCAAAGAUUGACAAAAGGAAGUGAACAACCGCGCAUUGUUGUAAAGGGUGGAUUAGGAUGGCAGGGUUGGCUUUUAGCGUGCACAAGUUCGCUUGCCAUGACUUGCCUGUGUAUGCUGCUUUUUUGCUUUUCUGAAACCUCUUUUUGUUGACAAAAAAAAAAAGGAGAGAGGGAGGAGGUCCGUACUGACCGCUGCAAGCUAGGACCAUUUGGAUUUUCCAGGUGUAAGCAUUCCAGAAGGAAAGGUGCAAAGCUGUUGUUGGUGUGAUUUGCCACCCCCAGUACUAUUGCUCUUGUGUAAAGCAUUACGUGUUAAUGA